ACUAUUUACUAUUAGAUUGUUACUUCCACAAUUCAAUUUUGACUGCUAUUAAGGAUAUCUGCAUCGUACUCUAAACUCCAUACUGUUUUUUUUUUAAUAUUUAGUUUAUAUUUUGUAAUCCCGUGGUACACGUACAUAAUAAAAAAUGACAGUUUUAAAUAUUAAAGAUAAAAUUAAGAACAACAAGUUAAAUUUAAGCGGUUGUAAUAUAACAGAAAUACCUAUUAAAGAAAUAGCACAAUAUAAAAUCACAUCGCUUGACUUGUCUAACAACAAAAUAACAUCUACAGAUAACUUGUUCUCACAUUUGGCCAGUGUUACAAAACUUGAUUUAUCAAACAAUCAAAUUAAAUCAAUUUCUGCUGAUAUUGCUUCCAUGCAAAAACUUAAUCAUCUAUCAUUAGCCAAUAAUAAGAUAAAAGAUCUUCCUAAAGGAAUUAGCAAAUUAAAAUCAUUGAAAUAUUUAAAUCUUAAUAAUAACCCUUUGAAAUCUGAAUUGGUUGAUGUGGUUGGUUCAACUCAAAAUAAUUCACAAUGUCAAGCUGCAGCAGCUAAUAUAAUUUUAUAUUUUAAAGGCGAUAAAGAUAAUAUUAAGAAGCAAGAGGAUAAACAAACUAAAAAAAAGGAUAAAAAAGGUAAAGCACAUCAUAAUGGUGUCCAAAAUGAUAAAUCAAAAAGCAAAUAUAAGCCAAAAAAGAAAACAGGUUUUGUUUCAAAAGCAUUUGGAUUUGUUUGUUCACUUAUUUCUUACACGCUUCUUCUUUUUGUAUUGAGUGGUUUAACUCUUUAUACCUUGUCAUACUACGACAAGAAACUUUAUGGUAAUAUUAAAGCUAAAAUAGUUCCUUUCUGGGAUUCUGUUACUUCAAAUUUGGAUCCACAAGUAGCUUCGAAGGUAAAUUAUUACUUACAACAAGCUGGUUCUCACUUUGAUGUAGCUGUACAAAAAAGUAUUCAAGCAUCAAUAAAAUCAUAUCAGUGGGUGAAAGCUAACCCUACAGUUCAGCUUUAUCUGAAAAAUGUUCAAAAUGCAUGGUAUUCCCUUUGGGAUAGUGUAUUUAAUAAAGAAAAGUCAACUACGUAAUUCAUUUUUCAGCUCAUGCAAUGAGUAUUAAAUUUUUUUUUAUUAAAACAUUUCCAUUUUUUUAAUAUACUAUAUUAUAAUGUAAAUGCCUAUUUGUUAUUUAAAACAAUAGAUAUUAAAUGACUAUAUUUAAUUCAUGUAUAUUUAUGUAUUUUGUUCUGAUAGAAAAAAUUAUUUGUUGAACCAAAGUAUUUAUAAGUGAAUUAUUUUUAUCUAGAUUUAAUUUAUUGUAUUUUUAAUUAAAAUCAUUAUUUGAACUUACUUUCAUUUUUUGUAAAAAUUAUUAAAUAAAUUGGCAUUUUAUUUUUA